CACUCUCUUUCUCUUGCACGAACCCUUUUAAAUAGCCUUCACUCUUCCCUUGUUUUCUCCACCAAACCUCACUCUAAUCUCAUUCUUAUUUUCUCAAACUUUUUUCAACUCUCACUCUCUGUUUCAAUGGCAUCUGACAAGAAGAUCAGGAUCGGAAUCAACGGAUUUGGAAGAAUUGGACGAUUGGUUGCUAGAGUUGCUCUUCAAAGAAACGAUGUUGAACUCGUUGCUAUCAACGAUCCUUUCAUCACUACUGAUUACAUGACCUAUAUGUUCAAGUAUGACACUGUUCACGGUCAGUGGAAGCAUUUUGAACUUAAGGUUAAGGACACUAAGACCCUUCUCUUUGGUGAGAAAGAAGUUGCUGUUUUCGGAACCAGGAACCCUGAGGAGAUUCCAUGGGGUGAGGUUGGAGCUGAUUACGUUAUUGAGUCAACUGGUGUUUUCACUGACAAGGAUAAAGCUGCUGCUCACUUGAAGGGUGGUGCCAAGAAGGUUGUCAUUUCUGCUCCCAGCAAAGAUGCACCUAUGUUUGUUGUCGGUGUUAACGAGAAAGAAUACAAACCAGAGCUUAACAUUGUUUCCAAUGCUAGUUGCACUACCAAUUGCCUUGCUCCCCUCGCCAAGGUUAUUAAUGACCGAUUUGGAAUCGUUGAGGGUCUUAUGACCACAGUCCACGCCAUCACAGCCACCCAGAAGACUGUUGAUGGCCCAUCAAGCAAGGACUGGAGAGGUGGAAGAGCUGCUUCGUUCAACAUCAUUCCCAGCAGCACUGGAGCUGCCAAGGCUGUAGGAAAGGUUCUUCCAGUACUGAAUGGUAAAUUGACCGGAAUGUCAUUCCGUGUGCCUACCGUCGAUGUUUCAGUUGUUGACCUUACUGUAAGGCUUGAGAAGAAAGCAACCUAUGAGGAGAUCAAGGCUGCCAUCAAGGAGGAAUCAGAGGGCAAGCUGAAGGGUAUUUUGGGUUACACUGAAGAUGAUGUGGUAUCCACUGACUUUAUUGGUGAUAGCAGGUCUAGCAUCUUUGAUGCCAAGGCUGGAAUUGCUUUGAAUGACAACUUUGUGAAACUUGUUUCUUGGUAUGACAACGAAUGGGGUUACAGUACCCGUGUUAUUGAUUUGAUUGUCCACAUUGCUUCUGUUGCUUGAUGAGGCUGAGCUUGGAUUGCAUCGGAGUGUUCCAAAUUUUGUCUCACUGGAGAUUGUCAGUGUGAAUUUUAACUAAGAAUAAAAAUUUGUGUUGCUGUGAGUGAUUUCGCCGAGACACAGUUUCUGCAUUUUUAUUUUUGUAAUUUGGAUUGAAUAGACGGCUUUAGGUUUUUACCUCCUCUUGUUUUAGAGAUGGAUCUUUUCAUUUUGAUAAUCAUCUUACAAUAUUUACCAUGUCUCUCUGCGAUCCUUUUAUA